AUGAUACAAAUUCCUUUUAUAGGAAAGCCGUGUAUUGAAACUGCUUUGGGAAUGAUGAGUGGAGAUACAAGUGGUUCAAAAAUGCGAGUGGUGGUGGUGCCACUCCCUGCACAGGGACACCUCAAUCAGCUCCUCCAUUUUUCCAGAGUUAUCGCCCAACGAGGAGCAACCGUAUCCUUCGUGGCCACCUCCACCCAUAUUCACCAAGUCCGCAGCCGUGUUGAGGGAUGGGAAUUUCACAAGUUCGAUAUUCAUUUCGAGGAAUUGCCCAUGCCCCAUCUCUCCGGUGAGGAACUCGAUGCUCAGAGCUGCCAUACGUUUCCGAUUCAUUUGAUUCCUCUGUUUGAAGCCAUGGAGGAUCAGCUAGGGUCUCAUGUUGAUCAGCUGCUGCGUGCUAUCUGCUCCGAGAACAAUAACAGAGUGGUUAUAGUCUACGACUCGACUAUGGGAUGGAUUCAGACUGCGGCUACCAAAUAUUCAAUCCCUGCCUAUAUCUUCAGACCCAUCAGCGCUUAUUAUAAGAUAUGGAGCAAGCGGGUAAGUAAUGAGACAGGGGGUUCGUCCCCUUUUAAUAUAUCAUUGAAGCGUUGCUAUCCCGAAAGAUUGAUAAAAUAUCUUAGGCGCCAAAGGUCCCUGUUAGGUCCUGCCAAAGGGUAUAUAAUAAACACCUUCAGCGCGCUGGAAUCAGAAUUCAUUCGCCAGGGAAGAGAGGAAUUAGCCUACGGUGGGAAGCCCGUGUGGAGUGUGGGUUCUCUUCUUCCGCGGGCCUUUUUCAAUGACGAACGGCGGUUGCGAUUGCAGGUGGACACAGAGUGUAUGAGAUGGUUGGAUAGACAGGCUCCGGCGUCCGUUCUGUAUGUUUCAUUUGGCAGUAUAUCUUCUCUUUCGGUGACACAGAUCCGAGAACUGGCCGACGGAUUGGAACGCAGCGGUCAGCAUUUCAUGUGGGUGCUCAGGAUUUCCGACGGGGCCCAUUCCUCGACAGAAGCGCAGUUCGAUUCGGCUUGCAAGUUUUUGGAACAAGGGUACGGAAGGCGAUUAGAGGGACGGGGUUUGAUUGUGAGGAAUUGGGCGCCUCAGCUUGACAUCCUAUUUCACAAGUCGACGGGUGGGUUUUUAACGCACUGCGGUUGGAAUUCGACAGUGGAGAGUAUCAGCGCCGGAGUGGGCAUGCUGACUUGGCCUCUGCAUUGCGAUCAGUUUGCCAAUUCGGCCCUGAUAACUCGGGAGUUGAAAGCGGGCGUGGAAGUAAAAGAAUGGGAAAAUGCAGAGGAAAAUGAGAUGGUGAGUGCUGAGGAGGUUGAGAAAGCAGUGAAACGACUGAUGACGAGUGAGGAGGGAUUGCAGGUGAGAAAGAGGGCGCAGGAAUUGAGAGGCUCGGCUCGGAAGGCCGUUUGCGAUGGAGGGUCUUCGUGGAAGGAUAUGGAUUCUCUUCUCCAUCACUUUUCUCAAUCAUUUUCUGAUUAG